CACAUCUCGCCUCCGAGUCCGCCCACGAUGCACGCCGCGACUGCGCUCACGGCAGCAUGGGCGGCCCUCCAUACUUUCCAGUACGGCUUCGCAAUCGCGGCGAUGAACGGCAUCCAGGAUGUGAUGGUGUGCCCCGCUGACCCCGCCCCACCUCUCUCCUCCGGUUUGGCGCCGUGUGUACAUAUGAGGCGAGCCGAGCUCGGUCUCGUCGUGGCGGUGUUCACCGUGGGCGGCUUGGUAGGCUCUCUCUCCUCCCGGGCGGCGACAGCGCAGCGCGGGCAACGGGGUACGCUGCGCCUUUCCGCACUCGCGAUUCUGCUCGGCUCGGGCGCGCUGGCGCUCGCAAACAGUGUCUCCGUUAUGGUUAUUGCGCGCAUCAUCGUCGGCCUCGGCUGCGGCCUCGCAACAACAACGGUACCCAUCGUGCUGACGGAUCUCGCACCGCGGGGGAAGGCCCUCGGGAUCGCAAACCAGCUCUUCAUCGUUUUCGGCAUCCUCGUCGCCCAGGCUCUCUCCUUCCCAUUCGGCGGGCCCGGUGUGUGGCGCCUUGUCCCCGCGUCCGCGGCAGGCAUCGCAAUCCUCCAGCUCGCGGGCAGCUGUCUGGUCCACCUUCCUCGCGACUCGGCCGCAACUGGCGAGAAUGAGCCCCUCCUUGAUGCCGAGAUACUCACUAUCCACGAGCUCUUCAGCAGUCGAGAUCCACAGGUUAAGCGCGGUCUCCCUCUCAUCCUGGCUACCCAGUUCUUCCAGCAGGCUACUGGGCCCUCAGUGGUCAUGUACUUCUCCACGACGAUCCUUUCCGCCGUCCUCCCCACCUCUGCCAAGCUCAUCGCCCUCGCCAUCGUGAUUCUCAAAGUCCCCAUCACGUUGUCACCAGCUUUCCUCAUGGAGCGGGUCAGCACCCGCCGCCUCCUCGUCCUCCCCACGUGCAUCAUGGUCGGGGCAAUGUUCGCGCUUGCCGCUGGUCUGAACUCUGGGCGCGGUGGGCUGGCUGUCGGCGGCAUGGCCGUGUUCGUUACUGCCUUCAGUGUGGGUCUCGGCCCCAUCACAUGGGUCGUCCUCGGAGAGGUCAUGCCGCCCAGGGCAAGACCUGCGGCCAGCGCCGUGGGGCUCGCCGUCAACUGGACAACGAACUUCAUCGUUGGGUCUGCGUUUCUCCCCCUGCAGGUGAUGAUGGGCCAACACGGACACCCCGGUAACAUCUUCUACCUCUUCGCCGGGUCGUGUGCUGCUGCCGUCGUCGCCAUUCGGCAGGGAUACGUGGUGUACGAGGCUAGUCAGUAGCAGCAACUUAUGUAUGGAACAUACGCCGAGGUGG